GACGUACCGGUUCCAAGUGAAUUUGAUCCUGCCGAUUCGGCCAUCUCGCUGAUUGACAAUAAUCCGCAUCAAUUCUGUGUAUGCAUAGAAUCACAUGAUCUUGCGGAAAUGCCGGAUCAGACGACGCUUGGUCUCGCGACGGAACAACUUGCACUUUUGCCUAAUUCCAGGCCUUCGUCAGUUGAUGAUAUCAUACACUUGGAUUGCAUAUCAUCCGGUGUUAAUUGCAUCGCCUCAGACGUAUUCGACCAGAAAGUCACAAGGUUAUUAGAUCUCUGCGAGUUCAUCUCGAAUCAAGCAAACAAUUAUGAUCGCAGAAUUUUGAUUCAUUGUGCCGAUGGUUAUACGGAAACCUCGCUUCUUGCACUCACAUAUCUGAUGUAUCAAGAAAACCUAAACCUUCCUCAGGCCUAUCUUAAGCUGCAGAAGACUCGUAGUUUCUUUGUAUAUCAAAAUGAUAUAGCUACUCUAAGGGGAAUUGAGAAGCGA